AUGGCUUCAAAACCAUCACAUUUCCCAUUAGACAUUAGUAAGUUAAAGUUUGUUUUACAAGUCUUGAAGCAUUACAAAUUCCCUGAUGCAAGAUGGUUUGAAUUUGGAUUGAAUCUUGGUCUACUUCAUCCUACACUGGAAGCUAUUGAGUCAGCUCAUAGAGGCAAUCCUUCACGCUGCCUGAUGGAGUGUUUAACCAAGUGGUUGACUAAAGCUGAUGAUAAUGUCACCACUGUUGGUCCUAUUAUCUGGAAGACACUGGCUAAUGCUCUUAGAGAAAUGGAUGUAAAAUCUAUUGGCAUUGAUAUUUGCAAAACAAUGGCAGAUCCUGUUAGUGAGAUAUUACAGUGUUAUAUUGGUAGACUAGCUCAAGUUGUUCUUACUGAGGAAUCAGUUGAUCUCUUACAUACAGAGGGAUUGAUAUUUAAGGAUACAUUAGCAGAAGAAAGUUAUUUCCUUCAGCAGUAACAGUGAGUGAUACCGUCUUGUCAACAAGCAAGUGCUUCA